UAUUUAUCAGGCUCUCGCUGUCCCUACUGCGAGUUCGUUUACGGCAGUAUCUCGACGCACCUAGGCGUAUUUGGAUCUCUUUAUAGUGUGUGCUCCGAUUGCUAGUUUAGGAUCUUAUGUGCGUCUAACGUCGAUAUUCGAUAUGAUUGAUUGCAAAAGCAAUGAGAGCGUCGUCCCUGCAGGCGACAACGAGUCGAAAAAUUAUAGCACCUUUGACGUGGUUCUUAGUCAAUUUGAGCGAUUUCACGUUGACAGCCAGCAAGCAAAACAUAGCGCAUUUAAAAUGGAAAACUGCAGUGAACUUGAUACCACGGGUAUACACUUCGAGGAUCUAGCGGUCUCCAUAUCAACAAUGGACUUCGCUAAAAAAGAAACGCUCGAAAUACGCACUUUUAGAACACUAAAAUCUGACAGUUUCUCUCUGCACAAGCUACACGACGAAAAGUGUCCCACAAGUCCCCAUAAGCAUCGCAGACGAGCAACAGGCCGACACCGCAACCAUCGCCACUGGUCACGUUUCUGUAGCAUCAAGAACGUGCGAAUAUAUUUUAGCCAGCUUAAAAUUAACGAAUCUGCAGCUCUCAGCGAUGAUUCUUCCGUCAUAUUCGUUUCGGAUAUGAGUGUAAGCGAUGUUGAGAGUGUCAAUCUCGAUGAUGAGGACGCUAUCCUCGACGAGGACGAUGAAGAAUCAGUAGAUAACGAGAUGCAAGUGGUCAGUGAAACUAUCACUACUACUGAAAUAAUAACUAAAACAGAGGAAACAAUUUUGAAAGUUGACAAGUCUACGCAAACGUAUGAGAAUGAAUUUCCUGUACAGUCAGUCGCUAGCCCAGGUACCUUAGCACUACCCAGUAUGACGUCAACUCCUAAAAAAAAGAUCAACGUUCUCAGUGUUUCUGCUGUAAAUUGUUUGAAUAUCUCAGCAGCACGUGAUCCUACGCUUAGCCAGAAAUCAACGUCUAAUAUUCAGAGUGUUCCUUAUGUUUCUCUAGUGAACAUUAGAAAGAACCCAGCUAUCGAUUCCAUACACAAACUGAAUGCUAUCAAUAACAAUGAGAACACUGACAAGAAGACUGACAAGAACACUGCAUCUACUUCAGGCAAGAGCAACAAUUUAAAUACAGUUGACAAAAAUAAGAAAAAUGACACGAAAGAUUUGGCAACUAUUUCAAGCAAAAGUAAAAAUUUCAAUGCUGUUAAUGACAAAGAGAAUAGAGGCAAGCAUGAUACUGUAUCUAAAUCUAAAAAUGACAAAAAUUCACAAAGCUCUGUAAGGAGAACUUGGACAAAAAGCAGAUCGUACCAGAACCACAGGGUCCAGCCAUAUCAGCGUUACAACAAUUAUUACUCUGGAAGACAGAAUGAUUACGAUCGAUACGGAGGUCGCCGAAAUGACUACUACGAUAACAGCUCAUAUGGGUACAGAGGUCGGUACCGGAGCGAGUAUCAAACUAAUAAUCGCUACAAUAGUAAUCCGUACGGAUAUUGCGCUCCGUACAACAGUUAUAAUCCCCAGCAAAGUUGGCAAGUACAACAUUACACUUACCAAUUUAAAGAGCGUUUGUUUACCGGAUUCGUCCGAUUCAUGGAUUUUGUAUUUCAAUAUGAUUAUACUCGCCGUAAUUAGUGUUAGAUUCAAAGCGUCAAACGAGUUAUACAAAGACAAGUUGUAUACCUUAAAAAUUAGUAAAACUCAAAAGAUUAUAACGUAAGGAUACAUAACGUAGAAAGAUCACGCAGGUAUUGAUUUUUUAUAUCAAGUCUAUUUCUGUAUGUUAAACCAUGUUUUUACUUUUUGUUCGUUUACAAGCAUGUUCGUAUUUUUUUUAAAAGGAGGCUUCAAAAGCUCGAUGCAUCGUUAUUUUUUAUUUUUAUAAAACCGAUCCGAAAUAUUAAUGUUUCUAGAAACAUCGAUUGAAAAAAAUGUAUACCGAAUUGUGUGUUUUAUCGUGUCGACACGAAUAUACGAAAAAUUCUUCUGUAUAGAAAGGCAGCGA